AUGGGCGAAGCGAACGGAUCAGAAGAACGGGGAAGCUCGCUUCCCUCGGGGACCAUUGCAAAGCUGACCUGCGACAUCCUCAACGAUACGUUCUACAACAUCAUCCACGAUAUUGUCGCCAAAGUCCACCGGGACGAGAAGGUCGCGCGCAUGCGCUCAGCCGUGGUGGCCGCACGACAAAAGGCCGAAGAAGAAGCCUCCCGGCGGCGUGAAGAGGCUGGUGGGAAACCGACAGGUCCAAUCAACCCAGACUCAGAAGAACUCAAGGAUCUCCGGGUGGAGACAGAUGGUGCGGUCUUUGAGGAUGGAAAAGUGUAUCUGAAAGGGAAUCCUCUUCACACCACCAAGGAGAUCAUUUGCCCUGAUUGUCGACUACCGCGUCUUUUGUACCCGACAACGGGGGUCGGGGCGCGCCCACCUCCGGAUCCGUAUCGCGAGUACUGUCAGAAACAGCCGAUGAUCAGCAAACCAGGACACGACGUGCACGGGAAUCCAUUCGCUACAGAUAAACUAAAUCCGAAGAAGAAGAAACAAACGAACACGGCGAAUACGCCAGCGUCCAGCCCCCCAACCACACCGGAUGGCUCCUUCAAACAGGCAGCCCCGGAGAAGGUAUCGUUUCCGACGGUCAAAUGCCCCAACUGUCCCCGCUACUUCGUUGUGACGCGAGUUGCCCAACAUCUGGACCGGUGUCUGGGACUCUCCGGCCGCCAAGUGAACCGCAACAAGACCCCAAUGGAGAACGGGGCCAGCACGCCGACAUCCGCGCCUUCGAAACGCCCGUUAGAUGACGAAACACCGUCCGCGCUGCCCAAGAAAAAGAAGUUGGGAGCUCCCAAGAAACUCUCAGGCAAAAAACCACCGCCAGCACCCAGCAGCAAGUUGAAGAACGGCGUGACGCCGGACAUGGCGGCCGCGGCAGAUGCGGCUUCGGGAGAUGGUGACAUUAAAAGCGAGGCCAACGGUGACAAUGCAUAG